UUUCUUCGACGGUGAUAAGUACAUUUAUAGUCCUGAUCAUUUCUAUUGUGAAAGCCAAAAAAAUUCUUCAAAUAUUCGACAACUUCGAAAGUGCCAUUAAAAAACGUUCAGAAGAUGCAUCCUUGGCGGCAUAUUUUACGGCGUCAAUUGAAAAAAUGGAAAAAUUUACAAAAUGGUUUCUUUAUAGUUUCCAAAUAACGUUUGUAUUCUUGAUGCUGCCGACGCUGGUUAUCACUUUGUUUAUGUUUUUUACUAAAGGCCUGCGAACCGAGGACUAUCAAUUACCUUUUUAUGGCUGGCUACCAUUCAACUGGCGAACACCGAUUGGAUAUUUAAUCGCUUACGCUCUUCAAUGUGGAGGAGUUUAUUAUUUAUUCAUGCGUGUCGUUUUUGCUACUGGUUUUAUGGCGAUAUUUACUGCGAUGCUGGUGAUAUUUGCCGAAGAUGCUAAAGAAGAAGUGAAAAUUAUCAACGAAAUUAAUAAAACUAGUGGUAAUGAAAUAGAAACUAUAAAAAGAUUUCACGAAUUAAUUCAAUACCACGCCGAUGCAAAACAACUUGUUUCGGACUUCAACGAUAUUUAUGAAUAUAUGCUUCUUACAUUGUUAAUAUGGGGUGUUAUUAAUGUGUGUGGUACACUGCUCAUAAUUCAAAUUCAAUUGUCACAAGAACACACGGACUGGGCAUCGCUUGUGAUCAGUUGUUGGCAAUUAUUUUGGACAUUUUGUCUCUUAUUCUUAAAUUGUUACCGUGGUGAAGAAGUAACAGGUGCAUUUGAGGAAGUGGCCGAUGAGUUUUAUCAAUGUGAAUGGUUUUCGUUUCCAAACAAACUACAACGCAUUAUACCCAUUUUGACGAUAAAUGGUCAACAACCUGUCAAAAUAACAGCAUAUGGCGGUUACUCUUGUUCACACGAAAGAUUUCAAACGAUUGUCAAAGGUGGUUAUUCAUACUACACUAUUCUCCGUGAGUUCUACUGAAUCAAUCGCAUAUUUCUCGAUAUUGAGUUUUUAUGGAAUUUAACUAUACAUUUUUAAAAAAGCC